GCAGGUUUUACGGCUUUCCAAGAAGCCUUUUUCCGCAUGUGUUCGUCGCGACUGAGAGCGAGAGGAGUCGCCCACUCUGCGAAGGGAAAAAACCGCGAGAAACGCGACGCUUUUUUCGGGCGCGGAGGGGACCGUCCGGCGCUCGAGCAGAAGUGUGCCGAGUUCCCUUUGUGCCAUGGUUCUUUUGAGCUCCUUCACUCUUUCCAACUCGCGGUGUGCGCCAUUCCUCUCUGUGCCCGCCAGAAGCUCCAGUGUAUGUACACCCCAAGUCGACCGUCGGGUGUCGAUACACCUGAGCGAGUUCGUGGCGGCCAAAAACCCACGCGGCGGGCAGAACGGACAGAACAGUCCACAUCUGUUUUUAUCUGGAUGUCCUUGUUCCGAUUUUUUUAGUCCUGUUUUCCUUGGCAAAACUCAGGUUCUCUCUGCUGCGGCGUCUCGGCACUCCUGGGCCCUGCAGGGCGUCUGCCUGUUCAUUUCUUUUGAUAGAUUCCUUCACACUUCUGUUUUUCUUUUGCCUCUGUGCUUGGUUCUGGCUCUCCAUCUCCCUUGGUUCUCUCUGGACGGCUUUCUCCAACUCUUUCCGACGUCACCUUUUCCUGCUUUCUUUGCCCUGCUCUCAGACCUUGUUUUCUGACUCGAAACUCUGCCUUCUUCUUUCUUCUCCCUUUCUUCGUUCUCCUCCCGUCCUUCGUCCUCUGUCACUUCCGUUUGUCUCGACAAUGGCCUCCUCUCCAAAGGCUGCAGAACUCGAGCCGGAACAGUCGGCCGCCGCGACCGGCCGCUUCUCCUCGCCUUGGGGGCACACGUCGCUGAGCUCCUCAGACCUUCCCUCUUCCCUCGAUGAAGACUCUCCAGAAGACGGCGCCAGUGUCGACGACGCGAGUCCGGAGGCGGCCCGCGACCCUCGCCUCCUUGCCGCUCAGACUGCCCAGCUGAUGCUCGCUGCCUCUUCUCCCUCGGUGUUCCCCUUCCCUGUCCUCAGCGCAGACGCAGAACAGUCGCUGCGAGACCGAGGGAGGAGCCCGCGAGAGCAGGAAGGAAGACAAGAACACAGAGAAGCAGACAGACAAGGUGGCGGAAGCCUUUCGAAGGAGAGAAGAAGCCACGGAGAGAGCUUCGACACAUCUGGACGUCGCACCGCAGCUGAGGAGGCGGGAAGUUUGCCUCUGUGCGCGAGUAGGGAUUGUGUGGUGAAAGGCCCUGCGCCGAUGGGCCUGGCGGAAGCUGGGGAGUCUCUGAUUGCGAGUGCGGCAGCCGGCUUCGACAGUCUCCUGGCGUCUUCGACGCUGCCUCUGCGGCCUUCUCUGGAGCAGGAAGAGGCUCGGCGGACUCUGCAUGCGUCGCGAAUGGGCGUGCUCCUCGCAGGCGACCGAGAAGAUCCAGGCAGGUCCCUGCGGCUCCGCAGCUCCGCCGGCCUGCCUCGAGAUGACGUUCCGAGGCGCGGCGAAGCCAGCGGCGAGGGCGCAACAAACUCCGCAAGAAGCCUGCACGCAGACGCGCUGCAGAAAGCACCGGAUGCGCUCUCUGCGAACUUUCCGCGGCCUCGCGGAGACAGUCCAGACUCGAUCACCGUCAGACCCUUCCGGUCGGAGGACGCGGAGGCGGUGAAGCAGCUGUGCUACAGACACUUUCGCUCUCUGACGCUGCCCUCGGUCUGCUUCUGGAUCUGCCACCAUAGCAUCGACUUGCUCGCUCUGUUCGUCAUCGCGCUGUGCUUCAUCUCCUUGUCGCAAGUCCUCCUCGCAGGCCUCCUCUUCUUCGGCUACCUCCUCCUCCGCGGCGUCUGGGAGUUCGAAAUGUACAUCCGCCGAGACUGCCAAGACCUCGGCGACGUCUCGCAGAGCUACAUGAGCAGCAAGGCCAGCGGCUUCUGGGUCGCCGAGCGCGUCCAGAGAGAUCCGCGCAACCCCGAGCGAACCACGCGCCGGCUCGCAGGAUGCAUCGGCUUGGCGCCUCUUCAGAACGACAACAAAACUGCGCAACUCGUCCGUCUCGUCGUGGAUCGCUCGCUGCGUCGGCAGCAUAUCGGUUCCCUCCUCCUCAACACAUUCAUCAACUACGCGGUGCAGCAGCACUACUCUGUCGUCCGUCUAUACACCAACAACUUGAACAAUGACUCCAUUCGCUUCGCCAAAACAAAGGGCUUCGAGCUGCAGCAAGUCGUUCGAAGAGGACUCAUGCGAGGCGAUUUGCUCAAGUGGCAGAAGAAGCUGGAAGCACCUGGUGUGACUCAGCGGAGAUCGCGUGCGUUCAAUCUUCCCUCCUCCAUCCUCGACUGAUGUUCUGGAUUUUUGUGUGAAUUUCUUUCCUUUUCUGGUCUCGUUUUCUUUUCUCCUUGUGCAGUUUCUCUCGCGCGUCGUGCCACAAUGGGAGCUUUCUUCUUUCUUCUCUCUCUUUUCUUUCUUCUCUCUCCUCUCGUCUUCCUCGCGUUCCGUCGUCCGCCGCAUCGGCUGCUUGUCUCGAGGCGGUGUGCCUCCCCCGCUCGUUUGCAUUCGUCGUCUCCUCUUGAGUCUAAGGCAGCGGCCUCGUCUUUUUUCUUUCGGGGCUGCCGCAUUAUGUCGAGGGAGGCCAUUCGCGCCUUCUCUCAGCUCUGUUCAACUCUUCUGUGUUUGACAGUUCAUCCCUGUCCUGCGCGGCGCAGUGCCUAAAACGUAAACAGCGCC